UGGAACAUGUCAUACUUGCUUAGUGCGUAUCGUAUCCGUCUACACCACACCAUUGCUAAAAUUUUCUGCUGAAAGUGGAAUUUUAUGUAUGAAACAGUGGGAAGCUGUCGGUUUUCCUCUUUGCCUGACUUCUUUAAUGUAUAUGGGCUGGUUUAUUCUCAAAUGUUAUCAAUUUGGAGCUCAUGGGCCGAACAUGGGGAUCGUCAGAUGGAUAUGUCAUUUCAUGGAUAUUUCAGUUUGGAGAAUGUAUAUUGUGGCUCCUUUUACGGAAGAGUUAGUUUUCAGAGCUUGUAUGAUAUCGUUACUUUUAUGUGGAGGAUUUAAACCGUAUACAGUAAUACUUCUCUCCCCUGUUCUUUUUAGCCUAGCUCACUUGAACCACUUAUUGGAGUUCUACAUUCAACAAAAUUCCAGCUUGCUGAAAGCCUCCAUGGUUGUAGGACAUAUUGCAGCACCACUUGUGUCACAUAUGUUUUGCAAAAUCAUGGGUCUUCCUGCCUUCUUUUCACCAAGGACAUGUAACAAAACACAUACUCAUGAACACAAUCAUUUAUUGGUUUUUUAUGGCUUAAUAUUUUAUAUUUUUGACAACCUUUUUGAGUGGAAAUAUCAAGGUUGGUGAGUGUGGGAUUUGUAGCAGGAG